AUGGCCGGCAACCCCUUCGCACAGUUCCUCGUCAUCGGACCGACAUGUUUCUUCCUGGGCAUCCUCUUCGCCUCACUCCCCUACGACUACAACGCGCUCUGGGCGGUGCCAGACGACCGCGAAGCGUACUUUUCCAUCCUCGAGGAGCACAUCAAGUUCCUGUACGCGUCGCCGCCCAUCAUCAGCCGCAUCCUCAACAUGGUCAUCGGCACGGGCAUCCUGGGCUUCCUGAUCAAGCUGUUCAAGGCCAGCGAGAGUAAUAUGCUGUUCGAUGGCGCUAGCCUCGUGCUGUACAUGGCUGGCAUCACGGUGUAUUUGACGAAUAUCGUAAAGGGGUUUCGCGUUGUCACCGCGGGGAUCUAUGGGAAUGUGUCGCCGGAGCAGGCUAAGCUCGAUCAGGGCGAGGGCGAUUAUAUCUCUAGAGAGGAUACGCUGAGGGUUUUUGCCGCGAGUAAUACUAUUCUCGCGCUUGUCCUUGUUGGUGUGCUGGUUCUGCAGGCUGGGCAGUGGUAUGCGAAGCGCGCUGAGGAGAACGAGAUUGAGGAGUUUGAGCGCAAGGAAGAGGAGCGCAAGAUUGCGGGCAAGAAGAAGAAUUGA